GUUGAUUUUCCUGUGAUUAUUUUGCCCCCACUUGCACAUUUUGGUUGUUUAUAUUUUAUAUAUAUAUAUAUGUAUAUAUAUUCCUACCCACUCCAUAAUGGAGAUUAGACAAUGAUACAUAAACAUUAAACAUCUUAUUAUAACAAAUACAUUGUUAUAGGUCAGUUAGUUGUGUCUUCUUUAUAACGACGUAACAACUCCACCUGCUGCUUCGUGUUUUUAGCCUUUUAAGACUCUGAGUUUCUUCUAAGAACAUACCAAGUUGGUAAUGGUUUUCGCUAGCUUUUGAAGAAAGACAUAUAGUCGGCGAAUUAACCUCGAUGCUGGGUUUCUGAAAUGAAAUUUUGAGAGAUGUAUUCAGAAAGAAUAUGGUGAGUAAUGAUCAUUUUGGUGUUACAAGCCGGAUUCUAUGGUAAUGGCAAUCGUCCUAUCUGUGAUACUGCUUUUUGGGGGUGUGGUGCUCCUGGUUCUAAUCCAUGUUUGCAUUGUUGGGAUGGCAUAUGGUAGAGGAUUCCCUCAAGGAACUGUAGUUGAGAGGAGCAGCACUGGAAGCACAAGCAUGUCCAGGGACGACAUAAACAAGCUUCCUUGCUAUGAUUACAUAGCCAAAGAUGUAAGAAGUAGCCCAGUGGAUUGUGCAGUUUGCUUGGAGAAUUUCAAGAUGGGUGAAAAGUGCAGAUUGCUGCCGAUUUGCAAGCACAGUUUCCAUGCCCAGUGCGUGGACGCAUGGCUUAUGAAAACGCCCAUCUGUCCAAUUUGUAGAACCUGUGCUGACUCUUGGAAGGGCGGUUCUUUUUCAGGUGAAGAAAGUAGAUGUUUCAGCGAUCUCAGUAUUGAGUUGAGAGGGAGCCAAACAACAGGAAGUAGUCACCUCAGUGAUAUCAGGAUUGAGUUAAGCGAGAGCCUGAGAAUAGGAAGUGACCGUCAUAGUGACAUUGGCACAGAAUUACUCGGAGAAAACAAGACAGUGGGAAGCAGCCAUUUGGAUAAUGCUGGGAUUGAAUCAGGAGAUAACCAAUUAACAAAUAUAGGUGGGCGUGAUCAGCUGAGUUCCAAUCCCUCUCCAUCUCCUUUACCUUUGCAACCCGAUCAUGUAUGAGAUAGCAGCUUGAAUUAUUGAAGUGAUCUGUACCGUUAUAAAUUUAUAGAAUUCAAUGUCAAA